AUGGCGGGACGUAGGAAAGCUGAUCGGUAUGAUGACUUCGAUGACGAGGAGGGCUAUGAUCAUCACUCGGCCUACCCCUCGGCGGUGUCGGAGCGCUCGCGCCGCCGCAACGCCGGCAAUCGGAUGGCCACCAUCAUCUCCAGCCUGCAGCGCCCUGACGACGACGAGGACGCUGUCGCGGAGGAGCCCGAUGAUGACGAGCCCGCCCCGAAGCGGCGUGGCCGGCCGCGCAAGAGCGCCGCGUCUGACGGCCCGGCGGCCGCCCCCCGCCCCGCUGCGUCGAUGCAGCCGGGCGUGUUUCCGGGUGGCGUCAACCCCCAGGUCGCGGCAAUGAUGGCAGCACGAGGCAUGGCUGCGCCCGGCAUCGGCGCCGCCGGUCUUCCCCCGCAGCAGCAGCAGCUGCUUGCGCAGCAGCAGCUGCUUGCUCAGAUGCAGGCAGCGCAGCAGGGCGGCUACGUCACCAUGAUCAACGGCCAGCCUUACAUGAUCCAGGGUCAGCAGGCCGCGGCCCUGCAGCAGCAGGCCCUGCUGCAGCAGCAGGCGGCGCUGCUCCAGCAGCAGCAGCAACAGCAGCAGCAGCAGCAACAGGCGGCCGCGGCAGCCGCGGCUGCGGCUCGCCCGGCGAUAUCAGCCCCCGCGGCGCCAGCACCGGCGGAGGCGGCCCCCAAAGAGGAUGACAAGCCCGUGGCAGCCAACGGCGACGACGCAGUCGCCGCACUGGAGGGCUUCGUGGGCGGCGUCGAGGACAAGGCCGAGGGCGGUGACGCAGGGGGGGACGACGGCGCAGGGGAGGAGGGCGACGCAGGGGAGGAGGGCGGCGCAGGGCAGGAGGGCGGUGCCGGCGGCGAGGGCGAGAAAGGCGAGUGA